AUGGAAAAUCCCAACCAAACUACUCUGAAUAAGAAUCAUUUCCCAAAACUUUUACAUUCUUUAGUUGAUCAAGUUGAAAUAUAUUCAUCUAAAAAUAUGAAAAACGGAUUCAGAGCAACGGGGAUCCAUCCAUUCAACCCAAGAGAAGUACUGAAGCGUGUACCAGAGUAUCAAGAAGAUGUGGCAUCAUAUGGGAUUGACAAUGCAUUGCUAGACUACUUAAAGCAGAUCAGGCAGCCAAAUCCUAUGAUAACAAAAAGAAACAAGAAAGUUAUGACUGUACCUGGAAAAUCAGUAACAGUCGAUGAUUUACUGCUGACUUCCCAACUUUCAAAAUCGAAUGUACGAGGCAAAGUCAAGUCAUCCAAGAAUACUACGACACUCACGAAGGUAGAUCCUGCUGCCUCACUCGCAAGUGUCUCACUCGAGAAUUUUAAUAAAAAUUACAAUUAUGACAUUAGUUAUAUUUUAAACGAAAAAACGGGUCUCACGGAAGCCACAAAAACACUGAUUUAG